UUGAUUGCUUUCAGUAUAGAGCUUAGACAUUGCAAAGCAUAUCUAGACGUUGUAGUAAAGAUCUGUGAGAUUCGUAUUUACAAAAGUGUUACCACCAUGGCUGCCAACACUGUUAGUUUGAAGCUUUUGGUCGAGUCAACGAGCCAAAGAGUUCUAUUUGCUGAAGCCGGGAAAGAUUUUGUCGAUUUUCUUUUCAACAUUCUGUCAUUGCCUGUUGGCACUGUCAUAUGUCUUCUGAAGAAACAAGAAAUGGUGGGUUGCCUUGGAAACCUAUACGACAGCCUUGAGACUAUGAGCGAUAGCUACAUUCAACCAACAGCAAACAAAGACACCCUUUUGAAGCCUAUAGCGUCCAUCAAUGCUGAAAAUGUGCCUCCCUUGCUGCCAACAACCGAAUCAUCAAAAUCAAUCGAAAUUUACAGGUGUGUUAACAAUUACAGUCGUAGCAGCUGUGGUCUCUAUGUCUCCUAUGAUUCUAAAUCCAAUUGUCCUGCCUGCAAUAAUGUUAUGACCCAACCCGCAAAAUUUGUUAAUCCAAAAAAGAAGGAUUCAUCUACUGAUGAGGGAGGUUAUGUGAAAGGGGUUAUUACAUACAUGAUCAUGGAUGAUCUUGUUGUAAGGCCUAUGUCAGCCAUUUCUUGUAUCACUUUACUCAACAGGUUCAAUAUCAAGGAUGUAGGGGUUCUUGAAGAGAAAACCAUUGAUGUAGGAGUCGAUGAGGGUGUGAAGUUGCUAAAGGCAUCUUUGCAGUCCAAGACUGUGCUCACUGAUGUGUUCAUUGAGAAGAAGGUGGGCGAAACUGAUGCUAGCAAUUCUGCUGGUGUGGUUCAUUCAAUCGAGAUAUAAGAAAUGCUGGCCGAUUUUCAGUUUGCAAGUUUGUUUUAUGAGUCUCAGUCUAAGAAGGGAUGCUCAUUGGUUUUUCUUAAAACCUUAGCAGUCUGUAUGAGGAUCCUUUAAGCCUCUUUUGUGUUUUAAUUGCUAUAGUCUUUGAAGCCUAACUUGGUUUUUACUUUUUAACCAAUGUUAAAACCUUUUCUAAGCCAAAAAGUCUUAGCCCUUUUUGGAGCUACCAUUUGUAUGUUAUAAUAGAAACAUAAUAUGGAACUUGAAAAUGGUGAAAAUUAAAGCAACCCUUAUUUUUCAAUUCAA